GCUUAGCAAAUCAGCAGCGACCAUUAAUAUUUUAUUAGUAGACUGCCCCAGAACAUUAGAUAUCCUCGAUGUCAUCUACAACUUCACGAAACUACUCAUACCUACCUCUCUUCAUUUUCCUCUCCCCAUAACUUUCCCGGAAAACCACCCAACUUUCUCGAGAAAAUCCAAUCCCAAUCACCCAAUGGCCAAAAAAACUGGAUUAUUCGAUUUAGAGACAAAUUUUGCGUUCUAUGGAGCAUAUCACAGCAACCCAAUUAACAUUUUCAUACACAUUUUAUUUGUCUGGCCUUUAGUUUUCACUUCUCUUAUGUUCUUAUAUUUUACCCCAUCAAUUUAUGAUCUUUCUGAAAUUGGAUUAGUGGGUCAUCAUGGGUUGUUGUUAGUGAAUUUUGGGUUCUUGUUUACUUUGGUUUAUGCGUUGUUUUAUAUGUGUUUGGAUAUUAAAGCAGGUAGUCUUGCUGCUUUGCUUUGCUUUGCUUGUUGGGUUGGUGCUAGUUUUGUUUCUUCUGGACUUGGCUAUUCUCUUGCUUGGAAGGUUGUGCUGGCAGCACAAUUGUUUUGUUGGACCGGACAGUUUCUUGGCCAUGGCGUGUUUGAGAAACGGGCGCCAGCGCUUCUUGACAACCUUACACAAGCCUUUUUGAUGGCUCCUUUCUUUGUUAUACUUGAGCUCCUUGAAAAAGCCUUUGGAUAUGAGCCAUAUUCAGGCUUUCAUGCAAAAGUAAAGGCAAAGGUAGCUAAGGAUAUCAAGGAAUGGCAGGAGAAGAAACAGAAAAAAUCCAUCUAACUAGGUCAUCUACCGAGAGCAAUGCCGUAUGGAACAAAACUUCUCGAUCCUACCUUCCGGUGUUUUCUUUUCACUUUUUGAAACGCUUCCAAAACUCCAAAAUCUUGUAUUCAUAAUAUAUUCUUCUUAAAAAAAUAAUCAUUUCACCGUUUUUUGUAUUA